AUCAACAGUAAACACCUCACUAUUUGGCUUAUCAAUCUCCUUCAGCCCAAUGCCAAUGGUACAAGGUGGAGGGAAACCAAGUUUGGGGUAAAAGCCCAUUUUCCAAAGGCGGAAAACCAAAUGCCCAGCAGGCAAAGACUUUAGAGUUCCUUCCAGCAAGGAACGCGGGGUGCUCAGCGUGCAACCCGCUGGGGACCAACGCCUACACAUUGCGGUUAGGGGCGCCGUCGCGGGCGCCUCCACGGCUCGCUCGGGCCACACCGCAGACCAUAAUUCUGGCUCUCUGGAUUUAGAGGCCGCACAGAGAAAGGAGGCAGCCCAGAGGGAAGGGGACCUGGGGAGCCGAAACGGCUGUGGUGCAGACCUCCAUGAGCAGAUAUCAGGCAGCCCUGCUGGGCCUAGGCCUGCUGUUUAUGUUGCUACUGUAUGUGGGAUUGCCAGGCCCCCCUGAGCAGACUUCCUGGCUCUCAGGAGACCCCAAUGUCACAGUCCUGGCUGGCCUCACCCGAGGCAGCUCCCCCAUCUUUUACCGCGAGGUGCUCCCACUCCACCAGCGACGCAGGGUGGAGGUCGUGUUGCUCCAUGGAAAGGCCUUUAACUCCCACACGUGGGAGCAGUUGGGCACACUGCAGCUGCUGUCUCGCAGAGGCUACCGGGCUGUGGCCCUUGAUCUUCCAGGUUUUGGGAAUUCAGCACCUUCGAAGGAGGCAAGCACAGAGGCAGGGCGGGCAGAGCUGCUGCAGCAGGUACUGCAGGACCUGGAGGUGAAGAAUGUCGUACUGGUGAGCCCCUCACUCAGCGGCCGCUAUGCCCUGCCCUUCCUGAUUCGAGGCCACCACCAGCUACAUGGAUUUGUGCCCAUCGCACCCACCUCCACCAAGAACUACACCCAGAAGCAGUUCUGGGCUGUGAAGACGCCAACCCUAAUCCUGUAUGGGGAACUGGACCACACUCUGGCCCAAGAGUCACUGCGGCAGCUCCGCCACCUGCCCAACCACUCUGUGGUAAAGCUACCCAACGCGGGCCAUGCCUGCUACCUCCACAAGCCACAGGACUUCCACCUCGUCCUUCUUGCCUUCCUUGACCAUUUCCCUUGACCAGUUUCCCAGGCCCCAGGCCUGGCCUGAGUGUCAAAGGUCUGGACCACCACUCUGCCCUUCCAAGGAGGCAGUCCCUGGGAUUGAAGAGCAGAGGUCAGAGGGGCAGGCCCAGCCUGGACUUCUCAUUUCAUCUCACAAGCACAAUAAAGAAAAGCAUAUUUGUCUUGCCGG